AUGGGGUGUGAUUCAGACUCCCACAGACUGCUCCAUCUUCAAAAGACAAGUGGGCUGUUCAAUACAGCCUUCAAAGAACAUGGGAGGACCAACCCUGGAUGUGACGGCAACCUGACCUGGGACAUGGACUCUGAGGAGAGGCGUGGCCUGGGUACUCGACUACGGCUGAAAUGCAGCAGGUGCCCUUACACUUCAGAAAUGCACAAGCUCUAUGUGGAAGUGCAGUCCAAUUCCAGGGGAAGGAAAGCAGCAACAAUAAACUAUGGCCUACAAGUAGGUCUAAGUCAAACCCCCAUUGGCAGUUCAUCUCUGCGCAAAAUUUUUAUGGCCACCAACACUCCACCUCCAGCCGAGUCUUCACUACAAAAGACAAGUAACACUGUCAUGCAAAAAGUAGUUACCCUGAAUAAGAGUGAUAUGAAAAAAAGAUGUAAGAAAUUAGUUAAUAUUAAUAAAUUGCGGGGGGCCCCAAACCCAAACAACAUAGGAAUUCAGUGCGAUGGGAUGUAUAAUAACUCCCUCUACUCCGGGGUGGGGGAAACCCCCUUCCAGCCUGCUACACAGACCGUCUUCUCAAUUGCAGAAGAUGUGACCAGUAGUCACGAGAUAAUAUCUUUAGUGACCAAAAACAAAAUAUGUCCUGAGCGACAGCACCUCAAGAACAAUCCAAGCCAUGUGUGCACUGAGCAGACAUGUGGGGCAAAUAUACCCAUGACCAAAAACAUUGGUGACGAAUUCACCUGGGCCAAAGAGGGCAUAGAGGACCUUCUCGAGAAUGAUUUAAAUGUCAAGGACAUUACGUCAGACCCUGACAGUACAAUAUUCAAGGCUGCAGAGUCUUUGUAUGCCGAGGGCAAACUAUCGGACGAACCGCGACAUUUUGUCGACACUCGGCAUCUUGCUGAAAAUGUCAGAAAGGCCAUCAAGAAAGAUGAAUCUUUACAGAAAAUUAUGCCCAAAAAUACUAAAGCUGAAAGAAUCAAACUGCUACAUAACUUUGCUAUAGAUUUUACAGACAGAUGCACUGGUGAAAUAAAUCAGGCACAAAUAAAAUGCACAGGUCAUGCAUGCAAAAUUAAGAAGCAACUCUCCUAU